CAUCCAUAUCAACCGAAUAUUUAGAUUCCGCGCCGAUUUCUUCUAUUACGAUGAUACGAACGAAAGACAACUCUUGUUCAUCAUCAAAAGACUCAGAAGAUCGAAGAUUGAUUAAACAAACUGCUUUCCAUGGAAGAAUUUGAAGAACUUGAUAAUCUCUUUCGUGAGCAUUUUGGACUUGAUACAAAUACAUGCAGCGGACUGUCGCAGAGCAACAAAAGUACAGACACUAGUAGUUCUGAUGAUGAUGGUGAAGAUGAAAUAGACGUCAACCAAGUUGUCAACCACAGAGUAUCACAGCUCCUAGAAAAUGACCAGGAUGCUAUACCAGACGAGGAAAACACAGGAGAAGAAAAUCCUGAUACAGAGGAAGAUUCGAAUAGUUUCAAAUGCAACUGUUCAAACAAUUGUUUUGAAAACUUCAAUGCAACAGAAAUCAGGGAUCAUAUAUACAGACUCCGAGAAAUGGCAAAAGAUGAGAAAGAAAUGUUUAUCAUGGGGUCAGUUAAACAGAUAGGAAACAAGAAAAUAACAUCAAAACGCAAAGAACGUAAGAGGUUAAGAAACGAUUAUUCAUUUCAAGGACAAAAUAUUUGCAGACAAGCUUUUCUAAUUAUCAAUGACUGUACUGAAAAAGUCCUAAAGAAUAUUAAUAGGCAUUUGAAUGACAUUGGAGCUGUUCCCCGCGAACAUCGGAAUACAGGGAAAAAGCCUCAUCAUGCACUGAAAUAUGAGGACAUUCAUAAUGCAAUAACUUUUAUUGUCAAUUAUGCUGCAGAAGUAGGCAUGCCACAACCUGAAGCCCCAAGAGGAAGCGACGGAAUCCCUCCUAUAUUCCUUCCAUCAUCAGACACGAAGAAAGGUAUUCAUGAGCGGUACAUCGCUUCUUGUCAAGGUACAGAUGUUCGUGCGCUGAAGAUUUCAUCUUUUGAAGAAGCUUGGCUGAAAUGUGUGCCCUAUAUAAGGAUAAGCAAACCUCGAGAUGAUGUUUGCCAACGAUGUGAAUGCCUUAGAAAGCAGGUCAUCGAUGCUGUAACUGAAGAGGAGAAACUGACCGUGACUGAAUUGUUUCACAAACAUUUAGAAGAUGCCAGGAGAGAACGAAGUCACUACAGAACUUGCGUUGAAAAUUCAGUGAAAGAAAUGUCGAACUGGGAAGGGGGUGAACUCACCAAUGUUCACUAUACCUUUGACUUCGCACAACAUUUUCAGUUGCCACAUCACUCCCGUCAAAUGGGGCCCACUUAUUUUGUUCAACUAAGAAGAGUACAAGUGUUCGGUGUCAGGAUCGAUGGGUUGUCCAGACAAAUGAAUUAUGUUAUCGACGAAGAUCAAACUAUAGGACAAGACGGAACAUUAACAAAUGGACCAAAUGCUGUCAUUAGCAUGCUGGACCAUGCCCUAACGGAGAAUGGAUUUGGGGAGCGAAAAUGUUUUCUGCAUGCUGACAAUUGUUCUGGCCAAAACAAGAACCAGUACAUGCUAGGAUAUUUAUGUUGGCGAGUGAUGACGGGUCGGCAUGAAGAAAUUGAGUAUUCCAUGCAAAUCCCCGGACACACAAGAUGUCUUGUAGACAGUGGGUUCGCCCACAUUCGGAAACUUUUCCGAAGGUCUGAUGUAGAUUCUGUUGGCCAGUUCCACACCUUGAUCAACAAAUCAGCAGCUACAAAUGAAGCUGUCCCCUUUCAAAGUGCUGCUUGGAAGUGGAGAAACUGGAAAAGUUUUUUGUCCAGUCAAUUCCGUGCAGUCAAAGGAAUCAGGCGGUUUCAUCACUUCAGGGUUACGGCUGAUGAUCCCUGGACAGUAUAUUUGAAGGAACGUAUUGACGGGGUGGAAAACCCGAUGUCAAUUAGGAAGAGAGGAGCAACUCCCUUUGAUGCCACGGAACUCCCAGAAGAGAUUAUCCCCCCUGGCCUUACACUUGAGCGGCAGCAAUAUCUGUACAGGAAUGUCCGUCCAUACGUUAGACCUGCACACCAAGAUGAAUUGUGUCCAACGCCAGCAGAGGAGUAGACAAUCGAUAGACUGUUGUAAAGUGACUUAACCAGAUGAAGGAUUUAUAGAACAUUGUAUUGUUAUUUUAUUGCUAUCUUAUUAUCUGAAUUCAUUUUUUUUUAAAUGUAUAUGCUAUACCGGUAAAAGG